AUUUCCGAGCGCGGAAAUUGCACUUCUUUAAAGAUGCGACCCUUUACAUGUGCUGCACUCGUUCUGUUGUCGUACCAUGGGGCUGAUGGAUUGUCCACCCGAGUUGAACCAGUCGAAGACACAGCAGAAAGAAAUCCCUUGUCCUCCCUUAGCGAGACAAGCGGAACACAGGCCGAAAGUCAACCUGGAUGGCUGUCUGUACAGUACAAUCCUGCUUUUCCACGAUGGCGAGGUCCUGAACGGGCACAAACAUCACAUGUGCGUGUGCCAGAAAGGUUUUAAAUGUGUGGGAUGUGCCGAUACAUGUACACUGAACGGUUUAUCUCUAUUCCACCCUGGAGAGGGCAUCAAUUGCGUGCCGGUGGCGAGUCCAUCACCGAACAAUAAGAGCUUCUGGAGAAGGACUUGGUCGCACAUUACGGGGGAUGCAACUAUGGAGGCCGCAAUCGCGGCCUGUUUCGCCGCUAUCGUCUUCGCUGGCAAGAAAGCAGUGACCAAGUGGCACAAGAACCAGGAGGCUGAUCCAAUAGCUGAGUCCAAAGAUAAAGAGGCCGUACCAGAUGGAGCAGCUAGAACAGAACCAGAUGAACACACCGCUUUAGUUGUUCAAACGUAGUCAGAGCUGGCUGUUAUCAUGAGGUAUAUUUACCUAGAUAGCUGUAUCUGACAAGCCCCGUCUCUUACAGGGUAUCGGGUAGCUAGAUUGUGCGUAUGACUGGGGCUGUGCGGUCCAGCCAUAUACACAAUCUUGUGCUCGCGAUAUUAGAGUACAUCACUCUCAUUGCUACUAUGGAAAUAAGCUUCAGCGUAUAGAUAUCGCAAUGAAGCUAAUUUGGAUGUAUAAUUUAUUCGAAC